AUGUCCAUUAUAUCAAUUCACGCCCGUCAAAUUUUCGAUAGCCGGGGAAACCCAACAGUUGAGGUGGAUUUAAAAACAUCUAAAGGUUUAUUCCGCGCUGCCGUUCCAAGUGGCGCUUCGACAGGUGUCCAUGAGGCUCUUGAGUUACGUGAUACCAAGUCAAAGGCUUAUAUGGGAAAGGGGGUUUUAACAGCAGUCAGUAAUGUGAAUACAAUCAUUGCUCCAGCUCUAAUUCAAAAAAAUAUCCCCGUAACUGACCAAGCAGCUAUUGACAGAUUUAUGAUUGAACUUGAUGGCACGGAAAACAAGGAAAAACUCGGGGCCAAUGCUAUAUUGGGAGUAUCUUUGGCUGUGUGCAAAGCUGGUGCAGCUGAAGCCGGUUUACCUCUCUAUAGGUAUAUUGCGAAGUUAGCUGGGCACGAAAAUGUUAUAAUGCCUGUCCCAGCAUUCAAUGUCAUUAAUGGUGGCAGCCAUGCCGGCAACAAGCUAGCCAUGCAAGAAUUCAUGAUUCUGCCUACUGGGGCCAGCUCUUUCACUGAAGCAAUGAAGAUCGGUUCUGAGGUGUACCACAAUUUAAAAGCUGUAAUCAAACGUGAAUAUGGAUUGGAUGCGUGCAACGUUGGUGACGAGGGUGGUUUUGCACCGAAUAUACAGGAUAAUAUGAAAGGUCUUCAGCUGCUUGAAGAAGCCAUAAAAAUUGCUGGCUAUACUGGAAAAGUAGAGAUCGGUAUGGAUUGUGCGGCUUCUGAGUUUCACAAGAAUGGGAAGUAUGAUUUGGAUUUCAAGAACCCUCAUUCUGCAGAAUCUGCCUGGCUUAGUCCUGAUGCAAUGACAAAUGUGUACAAGGAAAUGAUAAGCAAAUAUCCAAUAGUGAGCAUUGAAGAUCCAGUUGAUCAGGAUGAUUGGGAAACAUGGCCUAAACUAACUGCUUCAACAAACAUUCAAAUUGUUGGAGACGAUUUGACUGUUACCAAUCCAAAGCGCAUUAAAAAGGCCAUUUCUUCAAAGGCUUGCAAUUGUCUUCUUUUGAAAGUAAACCAGAUAGGUUCAUUAACCGAGUCCAUUGAGGCUUGCAAGUUAGCACAAAACGCAGGUUGGGGUGUCAUGGUUUCACAUCGAUCUGGUGAAACGGAAGAUACUUUCAUUGCUGAUCUAGUUGUUGGCCUUUGCACUGGACAGAUAAAAGCCGGUGCACCAUGUCGUUCUGAUCGUUUGGCCAAAUACAACCAACUUUUACGUAUUGAAGAAGAGUUGGGAGCAGCAGCAAAAUAUGCCGGGAAAAACUUCCGCCAUCCUAAAGUAUAA